ACUCGGCAUUAGUUCAUUGUAUAAAAAAAAUUAUUCAAGAAAAUGAGCAUUAUCAAACCAAUAAUAAAAAAAAUACCUGGUGAAGUGCCCCCGCUGCCUAAAAAGUCAAGUCAAGGUUAUAUAGACGAUUUAGGGAAAAAGACAAAAAUUGAGCUGCAGGAGCUCCUGGAGCGUCAAAAUAAACUCCUAGCCAACAAAAGUUUUGUUUCAAAACUACCUGACAAAGGAGCAAAAAUAAUAUGUUUUAAAGAAAAACUGUCCAAGGAACUUGAACAUCGAAAUCAUGUGGAGGGUGCAGCUAAACUGUUAUCUAGGCUUAACAUUGCUUCUGAAGGCAAGGCAGCAAUGAGUAAACUUGAGUGGACUGGAGAAUACAGUGAAAAAGCAGAAAAAAAUGGAAAAAUUGUAGAGCUCGAUAGUGAUGACGACAAUGAGAAUGUCCUUAAAAUAUUAGCUCAGCCAACUGGUAGUGGAGUUCACAAAAAAAAAGUCAUACACCUUGCACAAGAAGAAUCACUAAUAAAGCCUGAAGAUCUUGUUGAGAUAGAAUCUGCAAGCAAUGACAAUAUUGACGUGGGUCAUAUCAAGUACAUAGUGAACAAAGUUGAAAAUUCAGAGAAUAAAAAGAAAAAGGAACCAUUUAGACCUUACAAGACAACAAAAUCUAAUGUUCAUGAUCCUGAAAAGGAAAUAGAGAGGGGUAAGAAAAAACAUUUUAAGUGGGAGGUGACAGCAGCAACACCACCUACUAUUGUGCAUGGAGCUGUCAAGCCAUUAAGUAUUGAAGAAUCUCUAGAGUUACAAAAAGAGCAAACGGCCAAAUUAAAAGUGAUUCAAGCCAAGAGUGCGGCCGAACGAUUAGUUCAGCAACUAGGAACGCACACGAUUGGCAAUUUACCGAGAAAUGCUGGAAAUUAUCGGUCUCAUACAGAAAAAUCUGACUCUUCGAGUUCAGAAGAUGAAGAGGAUUAUGAAGUUUAUGAUGAUGAAGACAAUGAUAGAGGGGGAACUGUUACUUAUACUGUUGAUACUGUUGAAAGUUAACAAUUUAUUUUUUGUACCCAAAGCCGAAACACAAAACAUCGUUCAUGUACUGUGGGUGGAAGUAUAGAAUUUUUGCCAUACCUGAGGCAAAGCAGAUUGAAUUAACAUAAGUACGAUCUGGGAUAGUCUACUAUCUCGUUCUCAAAGCGUAAUGUAUU